CUCUGUAAAUAUAUAUGAAUAUAAAAACAAACUGAGAGAAGUAAUGAAAGGUGGCGGCGGCGGUGGUGCUGGUGGUGGCGGCAAACCAAAAGAAGAAAAACAAGAACAAGAACAAGACGGCAUGUCCGUACACUCUCCCUGCAAGGCUCCUCCUUCCUCUGCUUCUUCUCUCCCCAAGGAGCAAUCACAGGUUGAAUUGGAGCUGAGGUUGCUGGAGGCUCUUGAAAUUUACCCUCCAGUCAAAUUGCAAGGCAUACAUCGUCACUUUGUGCUUUACGGGCUAAUGGAGUUCUUGAGGAGGAGCUUUGAUCGGAACUUCUCUUCAGAUGAGGUUCUGCAAUUGCUGGAUCGGUUCUAUAACUUGGAAAUGCUGAAACCAGACGAUGAGGAGCUGGACAUCUUGAACCAUGAGGAAGACUUUUGCUUGCCUCAAAGUUUUUUUGUUAAAGAGGAACCUUAGCUCCUUUUAUAUGUAUAGAUUGCUUAUUUUGUUUAAACUUGGGAAAUCUCUGUGUUCAAGAUGGUAGUUUUCGAUGCUUUUGUACUAGCUAGAAUGCUAGAUGGUCAUGUUGGUUAUUGCCAUAUAGUCUUCAUGACUUCCUGUUAUUAAUUGAUUUUAUGGAGAAGUGAAUUUGUUUUUGGUCA